AAAAGAAAGAGGUACUGGCAGAACUAAUGGGCAGAAAUCUGGUAAAAGAAAGACAACUGAAGAAGGGUUGACUGAGGAAGAAGAUGGCAAUGAAACUGAAUAUUUCAGUUCAAGUGAUGAAGGGAGUUACAAAUCCGGAUCAGAUCCUGAAGAAGAAGGGGUUGCUAGAACAAAAUCUAGGUUCCCAAGUUUCAUACCAACUGACAAGGUUGACUUCACAUUGGGAAUGAGCUUUGAGUCGAAGGGUGAAGUUAAAGAUGCAGUGGACAAAUAUUCUGUGACUAACAGGUAUCCCUUCUAUUGGGCCAAAAAUUGCUCAGACAAGCUUAGGGCUAAGUGUUCAAAUUUGAACAAAACAUGUAGUUGGGUGGCCUACUUUGGCAUAGACAGUAGAUGUAGCAGUAACAAGUGGGUCCUCAAAACAUAUCAGAGUGACCACACUUGCAACCCGGGGUGGCAAAUACCCAGUGCCACAGCCAAAUGGUUAGUCAAGAAUUUUUUCUCCUCAAAGCCCGGUGUAGCUGACAUGAAGGUGGCUUCAAUGAAAGAGAUGGUAAAGAAGGAGCUGAAUUGUGAUGUUUCUCUUGAGCAAAUGAGGAAGGCUAAAUCUUUGAUUAGAAAACUUGAAAAGGGAGACAUAAAGGCUGAGUACAAAAGGUUGGAUGAUUAUAGGGCUGAAAUUCAAAGGUCAAACCAAGGAAAUACCUGCAUCCUCACUCUAUUGCAGCCUAGCCCUAUAUUUGACAAGUUUUAUGUGUGCUUCCAUGCCUGCAAGAAGGGGUUUCUGGAGGGGUGCAGGAGACUCAUAGGAAUAGAUGGGGCAUUCUUGAAGUCUGAGGUUAAGGGUGAGAUACUCACUGCAGUUGCAAGGGAUGCAAACAAUCAAAUGUUCCCAAUAGCGUGGGCUGUAGUUGCAUCUGAGACCAAAGCCACUUGGAAGUGGUUUCUAGAAAACUUAAGAGAUGAUCUAAACAUUGGGAGAGGGAAUGGAUGGGCUUUUGUUUCAGAUCAACAAAAGGUAGGUUUACUCCCAGCAUUAUAUGAGACAUUGCCAGAGGUUGAACACAGAAGAUGUGCUAGGCACUUAUAUGCUAUUUGGAGAAGAGCUCAUCCUGGUCUGGAGCUACAAAGGCAGUUUUGGAAGUGCUGCAAAUCUGCCUCUAAAAGAGAAUUUGACCAGAACCUUGAGGUACUUAAAGCUCUUUCUCUAACUGGUCAUGAAGAUAUUCUGAAGGUUGACCCUAAAUUUUGGUGUAGAGCUUUCUUCAAUAGGGAUAUAAAAUGUGAAACUGUUGAUAACAAUCUAUGUGAGGCUUUUAAUGGGGUCAUAGUUCCUGCUAGAUCUUUGUUUGGGUAUACGCAGUUGGAGUACAUAAGAAAGUUGGUGAUGCAGAGGCUUAUUAAGAACAAGAAUCUAGGUGACAAAUGGGUUGGAGAUUUAGGUCCUAGAAUAAGGAGAAGGAUAAAUAAAUUUGUUGAGUCAAGUAAUAAGUGGAGGGUGUUAUUUAAUGGUUCUGAUGGAUAUGAGGUCUCUUGUGGGUCAGACACCUAUCUAGUUGAUUUGGAGAACAGAAGGUGUUUGUGUGAGCAAUGGGAUGUGUCUGGAAUCCCUUGCAAACACGCCAUAUGUGCCAUUAGGGAUAAAGGGCAUAGAAUAGAAGAUUAUGUAUGUACGUGGUAUAAGAAACACAUGUACUUGCAUACUUAUGCUGAGACGAUGACACCUAUUGCUGGGCCUCUUUUCUGGCCUCAAACAAAUGUUGAAGUGUUGCCUGCUGAGUUGAAAAAAAAAGAAAUGGGGAGGCCAAGAAAAAAUAGAAUCAAAGAAAUAGGUGAGAUCCCUAGGAGUGGAAAGUUACCAAAAAGAGGAACAAGCAUUACAUGUCAGUUGUGUUUCAAAAAAGGGCAUAACAAAAAAGGGUGUCCCUCCAAAGACCAAAUCUUGCAAGGGGAUACAACAUUCCCUAUUGACCUACAAGGUGGAAGUGGUACUUCAAAGAAUCCAAAAAGAUGUGUUGUAUGCUCCCAAACAGGACACUCCCAGAACAAGUUCCCCAUGAAGAAUAACUCUAACCAGGCAAGUGAAGAAAGGGGUUCCGGACCUCCCCAGGAGAGUAAUGUUGAUGAUACUACUUUGCAUGCAUACUUUAGUGAAAAUGCAGAUAGGGAUGACAGACCAACCGAUAAUGUGUUUCAGUGGAGGGGCCAAAACUCAAUUACGUCUGGUGGUCUGGAGAGAGUGCGGGAUAGGAACCACAAGGAGCACAAAGAGAAGGCCAUGAAUUCAAGAAAAAGAAAUGCUAGUUCAUUGAGUGCUACCGGGGUGUCCACAACGGCUAGAGAGAGAUUCAACACUUUGUUUGACAGCAUGGAAGAAGGCUCUGAAGUCUAGUGUAGUUGAUGAUACCUGCAAAAUGUUAAUGCAUGGUUAUUUUUGUAUAUAAGUCUUCCUUUUGUUUAAACUAUCUCCCUUCACUUGGUUUUUUUUGACACACUUGUGGUGUGUGGGAGCAGAAGGCUAGUGUGUGGGGUUUGGUGUUUACACAUUUCUACCUACUCCUUUUUUGCCCUAAUAUGUCUGGGGUGUGGUGUCUAUGCUUUUGUGUACUUGAUGUAUGUUUUGAAGUACUGAUA